GUUUAUUUAAAUUCAAUGUACUACUCGGAUCAGCUGGGCAUUGAGCCAAGUGCGACGGAGGAGCUCCACUGGACGCUCGAAGUGAGCGACCUGGGAAACCAGAAAUGGCAUUAUGGUGCGCAAAAGCCUUCGGCAGUUGAGAAGCACCUUCUGCAGACUGGCAGGCCUGUCGCCAGUGGAAACCCAUCGCUAGACGACGCGAUCGAGAAAGCGGCCGCGUACUUUGCCAGUGUGCAGCAUGAGUCCGGCACGUGGCCUAAUAUGUACAAAGGCCCGAUGUUUGUCACCAUCGGAUACGUUGCGUCGGCAAAAUUCACGGGCACUUCGAUCCCCGACCACGUGACCACAGAGCUCGUGCGGUACCUUGUGAACACUGCGCACCCUGUCGACGGCGGGUGGGGGCUUCACGAAACGGACAAGUCAACGUGUUUUGGCACGACGAUCAACUACGUGAUACUGCGGCUCCUGGGGCUCGGCGCCGACCACCCCACGUGCGUCAAGGCCAGAAAAACGCUGCUGGCCAUGGGCGGAGCCACGGGCAACCCGCACUGGGGCAAGAUCUGGCUGUCUGUGCUGAACCUGUACAAAUGGGAGGGCGUAAACCCUGCUCCGAGCGAGCUGUUUGCGCUUCCCUACUGGCUGCCGGUCCACCCCAUGAAGUGGUGGGUGCACACGCGCGCCAUAUAUGCUCCCGUGUCGUAUCUAUACAAUUGCAAGGCACAGUGCAAGCUGGACCCCAUUUUGAAGCAGAUCCGCGACGAGAUAUACACGCGGCCGUUUGCAGAGAUAAACUUCGCCGCCUGUCGCAACAAAGUGUGCGGCAUAGACCUGUACUAUCCGCACACCAAGGUGCUGGACGCGGUGAAUUGGAUGAUGGUGCAGUACGACCGGUACCGGCCACGGUGGCUCGCCAAAUGGGCCAACGACAUUGCGUACGGCCUUGUUUUGAAGGAGCUCGAAAACACGGACGAUUUGUCCAUUGCUCCCGUCAACGGUGCCUUCAACAGUAUCGUGGUGUACAUAGAGGAGGGCCGUAGCAAACGGUUCGAAAGAGUGGCCGAACGGCUGAAAGAAGAGCUGUUUUUGAGCCCCCUUGGAAUGACCAUGAUGGGCACGAACGGCUCGCAGGUCUGGGAUAGCUCGUUUGCGGUGCAGUGCUUCCACGUGGCGCAGGUGCACAACCACGAGGCCGUGGCCGCCGCGCACGACAGAGCAGUCGACUUUCUGCUCCGGUCGCAGCUGGACACAGAGUGCGUGCCCGGCUCGUACAGAGACAAAAGACGCGGCGCGUGGCCGUUCUCGACAAAGGACCAGGGCUACACGGUCAGCGACUGCUCGGCCGAGGCGAUGAAGGCGGUGCUGAUGGCCCGUCCUGCAGACGCAGAGCUGAUUCAGCGCUUACAUAACACGAUCGACGUGCUGCUCUCGCUGCAGAACGUGGACUGGAGCUCGCGGCUGAUGUCGUACUACGGCUCGUUUUCGACGUACGAGAAGAUCAAGGCGACGCCGCUGAUGGAGCUCCUGAAUCCAGCAGAGGUGUUCGGCAACAUCAUGGUGGAGUAUCCGUACGUCGAGUGCACCGACUCGAGUAUAUUGGGGCUGGUGUAUUUCCGCAAGCACAGCAGCUACCGUGCGGCCGACGUGGAGCGGGCCAUCUCGCGCGCGUUGUGCUACAUCGAGGAGGCGCAGAACCCGGACGGCUCGUGGUACGGCUGCUGGGGCAUCUGUUAUACGUAUUCGGGGAUGUUUGCGCUCGAGGCGUUUUCUGAGACGGGGCACAGCUAUGCCAACAGCGACACUGUGCGCAGAGGAUGCGAUUUUCUCGUCAGAAGGCAGCUUCCUGACGGGGGUUGGGGCGAGUCAAUGAAGAGUUGCGAGACACACACCUAUGUGAGCACCAAGGAAUCGAAUUUGGUGCAGACUUCUUGGGCCUUGAUCGGCCUGUUGCUGGCAGAGUAUCCCGAUCUGACGGUGAUCGAGCGCGGCAUCCGGCUUUUGCUGCAAAGACAGGCUUCUGACGGCAGUUGGGCAAUUGAGGGCGUGGAAGGGGUGUUCAACCACUCGUGUGCGAUCGAGUAUCCCAACUACCGGUUUAUUUUUCCAAUCAAGGCCCUUGGUCUCUACAGACGGAGACUGCGCCAGGGCGGCCGUGUCUGGAGAUAGAGCGCCGUUUAUUUUCGAUCGCCCUUCUUCUCCUCUCGUCUGCGCUUCUGUGUAUUCCCAACAAGAUUUUCCACGUACAUUGAAUAGAUCUCGUUGUCCUGUUUGAGCUCCUCUAAACGCAGGUUCAGACUGCACGCUAUUUUCAGCAGCUCGUCGCGCACGCUUUCCAGCUCCCUGGCCUUGCUCUCCAGCUCACCACGCUGCGCUGCUGUACGGUAGAACGACUCCGGCUGGACUUUCUGGUGCACGCUUUCCAGGACAGCGGCACUCGACUCUAGUAUUUUAUCCUUUUCUAUUUUAUCGAUUUCCAGCUUUGCUAUCCGCUCUUCCAGUUGUGAGAGCUCGUUGUUCUUUAAUCCCGCUAAUGCAUUGCUGUCGUAGAGCUUCGAUUUCCUGGUUUUCGAGCCAGAGGGAAGAACCUCGUCCAGAUCAAUCGGAAUACCUAGACUCAACAGAAGCUGUCUUCGGAGAAGCGAGCGUUUCCAGUUCACCUGCUGGAGGUUCAUUGGCGGUAAUGUGAGUCUCUCGUAGACAUCCUGACACCGCUGGUCCAGCUUUAGGUCGCCAGCGGGUUCGCUUGACGGCUCGGACCCCAGAAGACUGUGUAUCAUAUGGCCGAGUUCCUCAACUGAGCCGUUUUCCGGAGCGAAAAUGAACGUGUCUGCGCCCGACUGCUGUGGGGGCUGUUCGAACUCCUCGAACUCGCCGAAAUCGUCAAACUCGUCGUCCAUGAACAAAAACUAGAAAAGGU